AUGCAGGGUGAGCAAGCACAAGCAGAGAGUGAUGCUAGCUGCUACAUGGCAGCCCCGUUUGUUCAGGGCUCAGGUGCAGGCUUGUGUGCGUGCUCUGAUCAUGGGCCGUCAAGGAACGUCAAGGAUGUUGCCUUUACUGUGCAGAAUCCCGGCUUCGGCUCACAUGUAAUUGUUGGCUAUGUAGGAGCAGUAGGAGCGGCCCGACACACCUCGCAAGACAAGCGGCACAUCGCCAUGGGGGGUGCCUUUCAGACCCUCGUUGUGCCAGCCAUCCUGGAGGCCAUUAUUGGUAUGUUCCUUGUCGUCCAAGCUAAAAAGCUGGAGCUGAGGCAAGACAAGGAGGGAAAUGGUGUUACGGUGGUGGGCAUUGCGGGUAUGAUUUUUGCCCAGACCCUCAUUGUCUUCGCAGCAAAUCCGAGGCGCAUUCCCAAGGAGGCCUUGAUCCUGCUUAAGACGGCGCUUUGUGUGUUUUCUCUCUUUGUGAUCGUCACCACAGCGGAGAAGAAGCAGAUGUCGUGGGCAUUCUGGUUCAUGUUCCUUCUAUAUGCCAUCUCUGCGGUGCCGGUCUGCAUCACAAUCUACAGUGUCUCACGACAUGGCAAGAGCACCGAUCGAAGCAGGCUGCAGGAGCUUUCCCACAGUGAGCGUGCAGGGAUGCAUGGCCGAUGGGGCUAG